AUGCCAAAGCAAGACGUCUAUGAGCUUCACCCAUUGGGUUGGGAAAAUGACCCCGAGGAAGAACGAUUCAAACUCUCGACUCUCGACUACCUUACUCCCUGCACUUAUAACAAUUAUGCCUUGUUUUUCGAAAUUGACGACGCCAACAAACCCCGAGUAGCUGCGGUCCUCAAGCAGGGUCUUGAGAUGACCCUAAGUCAGGCAAGGCAUAUCUGUGGUAGUAUCGAGAAGGAUACUGAUGGCGGCUAUUCCUUUGUUAAGAAGCGGGAUAGUACGGUACGCUUUUAUGUUCAAUGGGUGGACUCACCCGAAGAUGAGAAAGAUUAUCCAUCCUUUGACGACAUCCGUCAGGGAAAUUACCGUACCUCCAUUCUCGGCGAUAUCAAACGCUGGAGUGUCAAUCCAAUGACAUAUGGAGAAAAGCCGGAGGCGCGUCCCGAAAAUAGCCCUGUUGUCGCAUCUUACAAGGCCAACUUCAUCCGUGGUGGCCUUGUAUUUAUCAUGCACCAUCAUCACUAUUCCAAUGAUGUUAUGGGCUGGGCUGGACUCACGCAUCAACUUGCUGAAAAUUGUUUCUCAAUAAUGAACAAUACAGCUGCACCAUUAUGGGACAUGGGCUGCCUCGACCUAUCUCGCCUCACGAAGCCGAAUGUGCCCGAGGAGAAGCGCGUCGAUGGCCCCCCAGCACCCGAGCGACACCCCGGUCAUAUCACAGCUGAAAUGCUCCUCUUUCAUUUGCCCAAGAGCAAGGCAGCGGAAUUAAAGAAACUCGCUUAUCCUACUGAAAGUGGAUCGUGGAUCUCUACUUACGAUGCUUUCUCGGCGUUUAUCUGGCGAACUGUAACCCGCUUGCGUGAGCCAGUAUUCAAACCAAGCCUCUCGGAACCUCUCUUCUGGUCAGAAGCUAUUGAUAUGCGGCGACGAUUGCAUAGUCCAAAGGUAUCGCCACGCAUCCAGCGCAAUGUAAUGUCCGCAAGUCUCUCUAUCACAGCUCCGGUGACCCAACCAACGGCAGGUGAGGUCAUCACCGAGUGGCCGCUCACCAAGCUUGCUACAUAUGUCCGCCAGAUGACCGACUGCAUGACGCAGGAGGCUUUGGACGCAGCAUUGGAUAUGGUGGCCACCGUACGAGACAAGAGCUCACUGAACCUCCGCAUUGACUCUUUUCCACCCAUGUCACUGCUUCAGACGGACCACCGCGAUGCGAAUAUUCCAAAUGCAAAUUUUGGUUUUGCUAAGCCGGCUACAUACCGCCAUCUGAUUGACCAGAUGACUCCAGGUGUGAUCAUUAUCUACCCAUCGCGUGAUCCAUCUCCCGAAUCGGAUGAAGGCCCAGAGAUCUCCAUCACUUAUGAGAAGAGUCUGAAGGAGGGUCUUAUCAAUGACCCUGAGUGGAGCAAAUACUUUGAGUACCGGGGCGUAGAUGCAGUGCAAGCUUCGUAG